UCUUUAACAACCAAACCUGUGAGUGACAAAGCCAUAGUCAACUUCUCCUCUGAGCGGGCAAAAAACCACUACCCGUUCUUAGUAACACACAGUCUUACCUCUUUGAAGAGAUCGACAGAGCCUCAACAUGGUGUCUGGUGGAAGACAGAUUCUGGGUAUGGCCCUGGCCAUCAUCGGCUUUCUGGGGAGCAUCAUCAUCUGCGCUCUCCCUACCUGGAAAGUCACAGCCUUCAUUGGUGCCAACAUUGUCACUUCUCAGGUGAUCUGGGAGGGUUUGUGGAUGAACUGUGUGACCCAGAGUACAGGCCAGAUGCAGUGCAAAGUCUAUGACUCUCUCCUGGCCUUACCGCAAGACCUGCAGGCUGCCAGAGCUCUCACCAUCAUUGCCAUCAUCAUUGGGGUCUUUGGGAUCUUUCUUGGCGUGGCCGGUGGCAAGUGCACCAACUUUGUGGAGGAAGAAAGGGAAAAGAGCAAAGUGGCCAUCGCUUCUGGAGUCCUCUUCAUCAUCGCAGGCCUCAUGGUGCUUAUCCCUGUUUGCUGGACCGCCAACACCAUCAUUCGUGAUUUCUACAACCCCGUCAUGACCAACCUUCAGAGAUCUUCCCUCCACCUCUACAUCAUGGCCUCUCUGGGGAUGCAGAUGCUGGCCAGUGCCUUGUGCCUCCUGGGUUGGGCAGGGGUUAUCAUCAGCUGCAUACUGCCCAUGUGGCGGGUCACUGCCUUCGUGGGCAGCACCAUUGUCACCUCCCAGACCAUCUGGGAGGGCAUCUGGAUGACUUGUGUGGUCCAGAGCACGGGGCAGAUCCAGUGUAAACCGUACGAGUCUCUGCUUGCUCUCAGCACAGACCUGCAGGCCGCCAGGGCGCUCACCGUCCUCGCCAUCACCACUGGCAGCAUGGGCCUCAUCCUGGCCUUUGUUGGAGGGAAGUGCACUCGCUUUUUGGAUGAAGAAGGAGGUGGCGUUAAGGGUAAGGUGGCUGUAGCAGCUGGGGCAGUGUUGAUUGUCACAGGGCUGCUGUGUUUGAUUCCAACGUCGUGGGCAGCCGGGGCCGUUGUGAGGAAGUUUUACAGUGCCUCCAUUGAUGCCCAAAGGAGGGAGAUUGGAGCCUGUCUCUACAUUGGCUGGGGAGCCUCCAUCUUGCUUAUUCUGGGAGGGGGUUUGUUCAUCAGCUCAACAUGCCCCCUCAAAGCACAUGACGCAGACAAGAGCCCCUCUGUCCGCUACCUGGUGGUCCGCUCCUCCAACGGGUCCAGCCAGGCUGGUUCUCAUCGCAGAGCGCCACCAGCAAAGUCUCAGCCUGUUGGAGCGGUGUUUCCCAGGUCCCAAAGCUACGAGGGGGCAUCAAAGACAAGGCCUCCCUGGGAGGACGUGCCAGAGCAGGGCUUGAGGCAGGAGUCAGAAAUAUCAUGGGCACCAUCAACAAAGUCUCAGAUGAAAAGACCAGAGUCGAUAAAAUCUGAACACAGUGAGGCACUGUCUACAAAGUCUCAGCUGAAACGAGCAGAAAUGGAAGAGAAUUUGUCAGUUGAGAGAGAAAAUGAGGAUGCAUCCUCAAAUCCAGCGAGAACAUACCUGUAAUAUGGGGGCGCACACAUAUACACAAAUGCAACAUGUUAUUUAGAAGUCGUAGUUUACUUAUUUUGUGAUUGUUUACUGAAGUAUGGUUGUCUUUAUACUCCAUGUUGCUCUGCUCGAAGGACAGAAGGGAAAAUGUCUGGACUACAUUCCUCAAAAUGCAGGAGAAUAUGUGAUGUGCACUAAAACUGUACUUAAAACCAAAUACAGAAACAAACCAAAUUCAGGUGCAAAUGAAGUAUGCCAUUGUUGUUUUCCUUUUCAAAAAUGUGCUUAUUUAAAGAAUCAUUAAUUAAUGAUUGGCAUUAAUUUUGACAUGUUAGGUUUGCCAUGCUAAUGUUCAUAUCAGCUUUUUCUCUCACUGUAUAAAAGCACUGAUGAGUACAAAUCUGUCCGCAUAAAGAAUUUUAUUUUACCUCAAACUUUUUAGCUUGUUUGUCUGUUUCCACCAUCAUUACUUAUCAUUAUAAUUUUUAAUUCAAGUAUGUGCUCAUUUGAUGAGCUCCUAGGCCAUUAAAAAUCUCCACUUGCUGCAAAUAAAAAGUAAUUCCUUUUGUGUUGCACCGGAUGCAACACCGAUGUCAUGUCGAUUUCUGUAAAGGCUUUGAUUUUGCUUUUUGUAACAACUGUGAAAUGUGAUUUUAUGUCUUCUUGAUUUGGACAGAUAUUAAAAGAUAUUUGUAGGUUUACUUUUCAAUAAA